GAAAAUUAACACCGUAGAAGAAGAAGCUUGAUUUGACAUUAGCUGAAAAUGAGAAGCUAACAGCAGACGAUAAGUUUUCUGCUUGUAAAAGUCAAGCCACGUAUACGUAGCCCUCUUUAGUCAUGGGAAACCAAGUGGAAUAGCCCUUUGCGGAUUUUCUCUACACUCCAGCGGGUCUGCAGCAGGUGGAGGCAGAAGCUGAAUCUGCAGAGAUGUCCAACCUGAACUGGAAACCGUUCAUCUACGGAGGAAUGGCCUCGAUUGUCGCAGAAUUCGGGACGUUUCCCAUUGACCUGACUAAGACCCGGCUACAGGUCCAGGGUCAGUCUCAGUACACGGAGAUUCGCUACAGAGGCAUGUGCCACGCCCUCUUCAAGAUCGGCAAAGAGGAAGGCCUAAAAGCGCUCUACUCUGGGAUUUCUCCAGCUCUGUUGAGACAAGCCUCUUACGGGACAAUCAAGAUAGGGACCUACAACUCUCUGAAGAGGCUGUUUGUCACUCAUCCUGAAGAUGAGACGAUGAUCAUCAACGUUUUCUGUGGCGUCGUGUCCGGAGUGCUGUCCUCGUCUCUGGCAAACCCCACUGACGUCCUCAAGAUCAGGAUGCAGGCGCAGGGCAGUCUGCUCCAGGGCAGCAUGAUGUCCAACUUCAUGAACAUCUACCAGACAGAGGGCACCAGAGGCCUGUGGAGAGGUGUCAUCCCCACGGCGCAGCGAGCGGCCAUCGUGGUCGGGGUGGAGCUUCCUGUCUACGACAUCACGAAGAAGCACCUCCUCAAGUCUGGCGCCAUGGGAGACACCAUUCUGACACACUUUAUUGCGAGUUUCACGUGUGGCCUGGCGGGGGCGCUGGCCUCCAACCCCGUGGACGUGGUUCGGACCCGAAUGAUGAACCAGCGAGUUUCUUCGGGAGCCCCGAUGUACAAAGGCACUCUGGACGGACUGAUGCUGACGUGGAAGAACGAGGGCUUCUUCGCCCUCUAUAAGGGCUUCUGGCCCAACUGGCUGCGACUCGGGCCCUGGAACAUCAUCUUCUUCAUCACCUUCGAGCAGCUGAAGACGCUCCCGUUUUAAGUGACAGGAAGUGGGACUGGCUUUGUUUAGACUGUGUCGGGCAGAAGUGUGAGCACGGCAGCACCUGCAGGUUGACCACACUCCCUGCAAAGCAUACCAAUGAUACAGUACAACACUACUCAUCUGCCCAUCAAACGCUCAUCCAAAUCUUAUGUUCUGUUUUUGCAAUGUGUUUAAUUUAUUCGCACUGGUUCUGUUUUUGUACAGUUUUUAAGGAGUGUGAUUUAUCGCUCUCAUCCUCCUUCGACACUCCCAGGCAGCUAAGAGUUGGUUGUAGCAGAAGAUUGAAAUAUGGAAGACUAGGUUUUUUGUUUUUUUAGUUUAACACUGUGGAAAAGGUGAGAGGAAGCCUUUCUUAAAAAAAAAACAGGACUCCAACACAGGUCUAGACAUUUUAAAUCCGUGAACUACGCCAGGUUUGGCAUGCAAGGCUAUGCAGGUUGGGGCAGGAAAAAUAAUAAAAUGGGAACAUGGUAUUUGCAUGGAAAGCGGUCGGAAAAUGAGUCUGAUUCCACUUAAAGGUCUCAUGUGAUGGCCAUUUCU